AUGAUGGAGUUCUCCCGUCUUUUCGCCGUCAUCGUGAGUUUCAACCUCAUCGAUCAGUUCCCGAUGCGUGUCGAUGUUGCUGGUUUUUUGGUGAGUGCCCUGGCCUUGCUGAUGCUUCGCAUGACCGUCGGUCAUCCGCUCGAGACCGGGCAGUCGAGCAUUCGAGCGGAGCGGAGCGCGAUCGCAGGCGCUAGGGCGCAUCCGGACGCUUGGGCACAUCCGAGCGCUUGGGCGCACCCGGACGCUGGGCCGUUAGCGGAUGCGGAGGCGGACCCGUCCGGUCUGUACAGCGACCCGCCGGGAGGGAGGAGGAGGCAUAACUUCGGCAAUAAUCGGAAUCAUGGGAUACGGACCGCUGAUCAUCUGGGAGGAUUCGGCCGUCGUCGUUGAGGGGAACGAGUUCCGCUCUCGAGCCUCUUCGCGUAGUGAUUCUUCGUAGUCGCCUCAUCGGCGUCGCUUCAAGAUUUCCGCGAAAUAAAUAAAUGCACAAUAAAAAGGAUGUGGACGUCCAUUCCAAAUA